AACUUGUGAUGGGCUCCUCUUCUUUCCUGGCACUCUAUGCUGCCCCAUGCUCAUCCACAAUCAAACUCACAAUUAGCAGUUCUUCACACCCUCACACAAUUUGCAGAUGGAGACCACAGGGCAAGCAACUGCUGAAUAAUGUUGUCUUGAGGAGCAGCCGGCACACAUUGCAAGUCACUGCAAAUGCAAAUGCGCCGCGAGGAAAAAGAACUUCAAAUGACAAUAUAAUAAUGGUCGAUCCUCUGGAAGCAAAACGCUUGGCCACCAAACAAAUGCAAGAAAUCAAGGCUAGAGAGAAACUCAAAAGACAACGUCGGAUCGAGGCCAUUAAUGGAACUUGGGCAAUGAUUGGUCUCACAGUGGGCUUGGUAAUCGAGGGCCAAACCGGAAAUGGUAUUCUAGCUCAGAUUGCCGGAUAUAUAACUUCCGUCAUUCAUUUCUUCUUCCAAUAGCUCUGAUACCAAUUGCAUCGGCAAAGAGCAACAAUUACAAGAAGAAAGAAUUCGUUGUUUUUACAGAAGAAAGUGUUUUGUUUUGAAUUGAAUUCAACCAGGAUAAUUUGAAUCAUGUACUUCUUUAUGAACAAACGUUAAGAUUUUAUAGUAAAAAUAUGUAAUAUUUCAAGGGUGUAUGUGAAAAAGUCCCAAAGGAAUCAAUGAAUCAUCCACAUGGUUUGUUGG